AUGUUGUCGUCUGCACCCACCACCUCCCUCCCCCCCUCCUCCUCCACCCUUCCACCCCCCAACACAGUGACCUCUGACACCCGCCGUGUUGCCAUGGAAACCUACUGGAGGGAAGUGCAGAGCAUAGAGGAGGAGAAGGAGGGAGAGGAUGAAGAUGAGGAGGAGGAGGAGGAGAGGAAGAGUAUGGAUGAGGUGGAGCUGGAGGAGGCAUGGCUGACGGAGGCGGGGUUAUCCUCCCUGGUGACGGGCUCAUCAGAGGAGGAGACGCCGCCACCGGCCGAGGUGCUGCUGUCCACAUUGACACGGCAACAGGCUGCGACAGUGAGGAGGAGGCUGGACAACUACAACGAGACCCUGAAGAUGAGGAACAGGCAGCCAAUCAGAGACGUCCGUGACGUCUUCACCCAGUGUGAUGAUGACUCAGCAGACAGAGGCCCCUCCCCUCCCUCUCAGUGCACCAAGUCACCUCCGAGUCAAUACCACACCACAACCAAAACCAUCCGCCGCAACGCCCACAGAGUUCGACCAACUCUUCCCAUGUUUCUGUUUGAGGAUCAGCUGUCUGAACACCCAUCGUCCCCCCUACACACUGAUUCUCCCGCUCUCACCCCCUCUCCUCCUCCCACUCACCUGCCGCCCAUCACUCAGUCAAGGCCAGCUGAUUGGCUGCUGCGAGACUCUCCGUACUCUGAGGGUGUGGCCGAGCACAAACGGGGCGGGGCUUGUUGGGACUGUCUGCGUUCCCAUGGAGAUGACCUUGGUGAUGUGCCAUUUGUACCUGUCCCUCCCUCUCAGGGUCUCACCUGGGCAGAUGACCUGUCGUCAUGUGACCUCACCCGGCUCGGCUUCAUCUCUCACAUCGAGCUCUCCACCUUCCUGCUCGCUCUGGGCGUCCAAACCAAACGCACCCGCCCGCCGCGCCGCAGGACCCGGGACAGCGGUGUGUUUGGAGUUCCUCUGAAUUUAUUGUUGGAGAAUGACAGAAAGAAAUUUCCAGGAGUCAAAGUUCCUGUCGUCUUUCAGAAGUUGUUGUGUAUCUUGGAGCAGACUGGCCUGCAGACUGAGGGGAUUCUCAGAGUACCAGGAUCAGCUGCCAGACUGAAGUACCUUCGUAGCGAGUUAGACAGGUGUGGUGGAGGCUUUGACUGGUCGUCGGUCAGACAGGUGGACGCUGCAGGUCUGCUGAAACUUUUCAUCAGAGAGCUGCCAACACCUCUGCUAACACACACACACCUGUCCACCUACCGCUGUGUGCUGGGGAUCUCCUCUGUCGUCCAUCAGGUUCAGGCUCUGCAGCUGCUGUCAUUGUUGCUUCCUGAGGCCAACAGAGACACACUCAGAGCCCUGUUGGUCUUCCUCCGGAAAGUUGUCUCUCAUCAGGACCACAACCGGAUGUCUCUGUGGAAUGUCUCCAUGGUGAUGGCGCCCAACCUGUUCUCCUGUCGUCACCAUGGCAACAAGCGGUCCAUUGCCAAGCAACAGGAGGAGAUGGAGGAGGCAGUGGGUGGGGCUCACCUGAUCCGCCUGAUGAUCACACACCAGGACCUGCUCUGGACCGUACCGAGCUUCUUGUUGUCUCAGGUGAGAGAACUGAACCAGGCGUCCAAUCAGAAACAGUUGGGCCUGAGCUGGACGAAGAGACGACUCCUGAGGAGGAAGAACGACAAGAACGACAGAAACCAGAUCACCGAGCUGUGUGAAGGUGUGAUCAGGGUUCACGCCCCCCUGCACACCAAGGUUUCCAUGGCGAUACAACUUGAUGGACAGACGAGAGCUAAAGAUGUCACAGCUCGCUUCGAGUGUGAGAACAGUCCUGGUCAGAGUCUGUAUGAAGUCGGAGGAAACAUCUGUGAGCGUCGUCUCCACCCGGACUGUGUUCUGUUGGAUGUUUACAGAGUGAAUCCUCACUGUGAUUGGCUGAUCAAACCCUGACACACAGUCUCACCACCUGUCCUGACACUGGUUCAAACCUGUCUCACAAUGUGCCUUACCACCUGUCUCACCUCCUCUCCCUAAGUGACUUCCUUCUGUGGGCCACCUGUCUCACCUUCACUUCCUGUGACAUCACAGGUUUAAUAACAUGGACACUUCCUGUGAACAAUAAAAAGUGAAGAGUAGAAUCUGUUUUUAUUUAUAUUUACUGUUUGUGAUCUCACAGGAUCGAUGUGAAUCUUUUCUCUUCUUUGUUCUGUUUUUUUCAUUUUUAAGAAACUUUAGUUUGUUGUCGAUAAAAUGUAAUUUAAUGUAAAAAGUUGCUCAAAUUAAAAACAGAUCUGCUGAUG